GAAAAAUGUCAUUUCAAAUAUUUUUGUGGCUCUCCUCUUUAAGAAACCAAUUUAUUUAUUUUGCUAUAGCCAUUAGUUUACCUUCAAUGCUUCUUUAUUUAAUCGAGAUAUUAACAAUUAUUCGACAUAAAGAAUUUCAUAACCCUUUCUACAAACUUGUUUUGAUUAGAUCCAUUCCGGUACGUUAA